AUGCUGUCUCUACCAUUACUCGCACCUCAAAAUGAAUACUCCUUCUUCCUCUCCCCCUACCUACGCCCACCCUCCUCCGACGGCCCUCACAACUCCUCCGCCGACAACACUGCAGCCCAGCAAUCCCGUCGCCAAAUCCAACAAUCCUCAGCGCCGACCCGCCAAUCCCUCGCCCAGCUCCUCGCAGACGAACAAGCGAUCUCGCACCGCAAACACAACAUCCGACGUUUCGGCGCAGGCUGGAUAAAGCCACCCGGAGUCGCAAAAACACUACAAGCAGAAACUGAAGAAAAAGCAGAAAGAGAAGAGCAAGAGGCAUUGCAGAGGAGAGAGCAAAUGAUGAUGGAUAUGCAGGCGCAGCAGGAGGCCGAGGAAGCGAGGAAUAGAGCUGCUGCUGCGGAGCAAGAGGCAGAAGAGGGAGAAGGGGACGAGGAAGAGAGGGAUUUGGAUGAGGAGAUUCCUGAUGCUGACGAAGAGGAAGAGGAAGAUGAGGAUGAGGAUGAGGAUAUCACUGAUUCGGAGGACCAAGAGGAAGACGAGGAAGAGCAGAGUGAAUUGCAAUCGGAGAUGCUGCAAUCGCAAAUGCAGCACAGCGAAAUCCCUGUUGCCGAGGACAUUACGUUCAAUGAGGAAAGCAUGUUUGCGGACACGAGUAUUGCUGCUUUGGACGAGGAGUCAAGAGAGCAAGAAAGAUAUCGCCAUUUGCAAGAGGCAGAGCUGACUGGCGUGGCUCAAGAUGAGUUUGACCUGGGCAUUGAGAGGGAUCUGGAUGACAGUGUGCCAGAGGCUGGCAGUUAUCAACAUACUGAUAGCGAGCUGGAAGAUUCGGACGAAGAGAGUGACGAGGAAGAAGAGGGAGAGCAGAGUGGAUCGGAACCACAAGAAGACGAGCAGAGUGAGAUGGUGGGAGCAGUCAUGCAACGCAGUCGCAGCAGUCUGUUGAGCAGAGAUGUGAGCUCUUUACUCGACAGCUCUUUUGUCACCAGCAGUCCUGCGCCUGUCGGCCGUCUGAGAUCUGCUGGCCAUAGACCCAGCCAGAGAUGA